CUUGUAAAAUGGAACCCUUUAGUCCACAUGAAAUUUCCCGUACAUUUUUUGAUGAACUUCCUAAAGAAAGUUUGAGCGGAGUUGGAGAUGUGUACCAAUGGCAAGGCUUCUGGUUCUGGCGCCAACAUGUUGCUGCUGCCAUAGCUGCAAAAUCAAGAUUUGAGGCACGGGAUGAAGAUGUCAUUUUAGCUUCCUCUAUGAAGACUGGAACUACCUGGCUCAAGGCUAUUAUCCCAUGUAUUAUCAACUCUACAUUAGGCAAUGGCUAUGAUUAUGAUUAUGACCCUUUUGUAGAAAACCAUCCUAAUGCUCUUAUACCGUCUUUAGAGGUUCAACUCUAUUGCCAAGAUCCAAUUCCUGAUCUCUCAGGUAUGCCUUCUCCUAGACUUUUCCGAACACAUAUUGCCUAUCCACUGCUUUCGGAGUCUAUCAAGAACUCUGCUUGCAAGAUUGUGUACAUUACUCGCAAUCCUAAAGAUGUGUUCGUGUCACUGUGGCAUUUUAUGAACACAAAAUUUUCAUACCCUUUUGAUGAGUCAUUUGACAAGUUUUGCAAAGGUGUCCAUCUCUUUGGUCCUUUCCAUGAUCAUGUUUUAGGGUAUUGGAAUGAGAGUGUAAAGCGGCCUGAAAAGAUACUUUUUUUGAAAUAUGAAGAGCUGAAAAGUGACCCAAAAGGCCAAAUCCAAAAACUGGCUUCUUUCCUUGGAAGGACUUCUAUGAAGGAGAAAGAAGUGGAGAAUGUGAUAGAAAAAUGUAGCCUGAAGAGAAUGAAAAGCUUGGAGAUUAAUAAAAAUGGGGUGGACCCUUAUGUUGGGUUUACCUAUAAGUCUUAUUUCAGGCAGGGUUCUGUUGGGGAUUGGAAGAACAAAUUAUCAGAAGAAAUGAAAGAGAGACUGGACAAGAUUACUAAGAUGAAGCUAGAGGGAUCUGGCUUAGAGCUUUAACAAGUCUAUUGUAAGUGCAAUAACUACGUUGUGCAUGGUUUUGUCUCCUUUGGCUUUGGCUACCAAUAAAUCAUCAACUACCUGUAUCCAUCUGUCGAUGGACUACACCUUUGGGUGGUGUGAUUGCAAUGUGUUAUAAAAAAUGUUAAUCUAUGGAUAGACAUAUCAGAUAUGGGUGAUUUCAUUAUUUAAUCCACUAAGAUUAUGUUA